AUGACACAGAAUACCAAUCCACUGGCUGUGUUGCGGGCGGUUGGACCGAUUGGUCGCAGAUUGAUUCAUCACGUUCGCCAAGAUCUCCGAUUUAUGUACGAUCAGAGAAGUCUUCCAUUGGGUGAAUCCAUUGAAGUCCCGUCGGAGAGCGAAGAAUUGGCUCUGAAAAAUGGGGCGUUUCUUCAACAAACAACAACCGACUCGGAGCACGGACUGGACACAUUGAAUUGCUCAUCGCACAACAGUACUGUUACAGAUGACACAAGCGGAGACUCCGAGAAAAAGAAUCUGGAUCCCGUCGAUUUGGAUGGUUCCGUUGCUUUGGAUUAUGUCUAUCACAUCAAUGUGCAGCAACCCAGUGGUGAGGUCGGUUUUCGAGGCAUGUGCAGUUUUGUCGGUUUUGCCUAUCGACCCAUGAUCAUAGAGGGUGCCGGACAUCAGGUACACGCGGAAGCGGCCGAAGAAUUCAAUGCAUAUGUGAAUGCAGUUUGUGAGCAAGUGGAUCGUGGUGUGGCCUGUAACCCGGUACCGCCCGGAGAGCAUGAUUACUUGAAAUUGAGUACACCAGUCACGAACACUCAAACGUCCGAACAACGACUUCCACGGAAACGUUCUGCAGUCAACACUGUAAGACAGAUGAUGGCCAGUCGUCCCGAGGAAUUCAAUAAACUAGUGCCUACAACAUCAGCUCCUCAUCGACUGGGACACGAAGCGAGUGAUGAAGCUUCAGAUUGA